GCUUCCUCUGCUUUAUAUCUUCAAAUCUCAUCCCUCUCAAUCCAAUACCACCGCUCUCUCUCACAUCUCAUAAUCCAUGGCCGACGAUGGUCCUCCUCUCUUCAGCACCAACGUCUCCGUCGUACUCAUCGCCGUGGGCUCCGCCGCCUUCGUCGUCACAAUGUACCAUCUACUUGCUGUUUGCUUCUGCGGCCACCAACUGACAGACCCUAACUCUGGCCAGCCGACUCCCGCCACCGGAGUAACUCCGCCGGCUUCGAGCAUCAUCGACGAGAGUUCGUUGGCGGAGCUAAUUCCGGCACACAAGUACGAGAAGAAGAUCGACGAUAAUGACUUGGAAGGUGCUCGCGAGGUGACCUGUGCGGUUUGCUUGGGAGAUUUCGAGGAAGGCGAAGAGGUGAGAACAUUGCCGGAGUGCUCGCACUCUUUUCAUGUUCCUUGCAUAGAUAUGUGGCUCUUCUCUCGCCUGAAUUGUCCCGUCUGCCGCGCCGAUGCCAAGCCGUCUCCGGUGGUUCUGAGCACCGUGUCGGAGUCCGUUCCCGGUGAAUCGAAUUCGAACGCGAAUGACCACCGGAUAGAUAUUGUGCAAAAUGCUUUGGUCCACAGUGUCAUGUUGCGACGGUGA